CUAAGUUUUGGUCGAGGUUGGCCUAGAGCCUUUGGGGGAAAAUUCACAAUUUACAACACUGCUCCAUCGCCCUCUCGCUGAAAAGUAGCAAGAAGAAGAAAACCAUGUUGCGCAUCACGGCCCGUAAUUUGGCAAAUGCCCUCCGCGGCAACCUUGUCGGCACAUCGUCGCGCGUCGCUGCCGUGCGCUUUGCUCACGGAGCUGAGGAAUCGGCUGAGGAGUUCGACAAGCGCUACGAGAAGUACUUCAGCCGCGAGGGAAUCGACGGCUGGGAGAUCCGCAAGGGCAUGAACGAUCUGUUGGGCAUGGAUCUGGUGCCCAGCCCCAAGGUAAUUGAGGCCGGUCUGCGGGCCACCCGCCGCGUCAACGACAUCGCUUUGGCCAUCAGGUGGCUGGAGGGAUGCAAGGACAAGUGCGGCGACCAGAAGGCCACCCUCUACCCCUACUUGCUGGAGAAGAUUACUCCCACCCUGCAGGAGCUGGGCAUCCCCACCCUCGAGGAGCUGGGCUACGACAAGCCCGAGUUGGCCCUGAAGUCCGUGUACGAUGCCUAAGCGGAGUGCCCUGCCAGGAUUAGUUUAAAUACACAACACACAACAGAAACCCACAGCGACACUAGUUACCUAUCCAUUGUAUGGUGCGGAUGAACAUGUUGUUGGAUUACUAAUAAAUGGAGAUUGGAGUAAGGCUACCACACCA